AUGGCGGAGAAAAAAACUGACUUACACACUCCUCAAAGUUUUAAGUCGUUCGUAUGGAAGUAUUUCGGUUUCCGCAAAGAGAAGGGACAAUUGGUAAGGGAUGUGGUUAUAUGUAAAGACUGUCGAUGUGAACUUAGAUACUGUGGAAACACGUCUAAUUUGUCGGCGCACUUGAGAAGACGGCAUGGUGUCGUUGAAGGCGACUGUUCAGAAAAAGCACAGCCCUCUGUUCGACUGACCACACUUUUCCCGCAAAGGUUAUCAAGCAGUUCUAAAAGGGCCAAAAAUAUAUCGAAGGCAAUUGCAUUCUUCAUAUGUAAAGACGCAAGACCGUAUUCCGUCGUGGAGAACGAGGGCUUUAGAUACCUGCUGGAAAUAUUGGAGCCGAGGUACAACGUUCCCUCGCGGCAGUACUUCAGCCAGUCAUACAUUGCUAAUAUGUACGCCAAAGUUCGUGAGGACGUCAUUAACGAAUUGAAGGAGGCACAGAGGGUAGCGCUUACAUCCGACGGCUGGACGUCGUGCACAACUGAGUCGUACAUCACGGUAACGUGCCAUUUCAUUGACAACGAAUGGCAGAUGCACAACAACGUGUUACAGACGCGUGUACUGGAGGAGACCCAUUCAGGGGUAAACAUUGGACAAGUCCUCAGGGCUGCGUGCGAAGAGUGGGGCCUCACGACUAAAGCACCAGCUCUCGUCACGGACAACGCGUCCAAUAUGAAGAGGGCCGGGGAAGAGGCAGGGAUGACACCUCACAUAAUGUGUUUCGCGCACACACUCAACCUUUCCACGCAAGAUGGCCUUAAGAUCCCUGCCACAGACAGGCUUUUGGGGCGUGUGAGAAGAAUCGUGGGGUUUUUCCACCGUAGCGCAGUUGCCACCGCACUUCUCAAAGAAAAACAAACACUGCUGGACCUCCCAUGCCACAAGCUGAAAGCUGACGUGAAAACUCGGUGGAACAGCUCUUUCGAAAUGUUGGAGAGAUUUCUAGAACAACAAGCAGCUGUGACGGCAACCCUACUCGACAAGAAACUAAGGAAAGGUGCAGGUGACAUCCACACUCUAUCUGAAAGUGACCUCUUGGCUGCGGAACAAAUGGUAGCCCUGCUAGCCCCGCUGAAGGCUGCCACAACGGUCAUGUGCGAAGAAAAGCAGCCCACGGUGUCCUCAAUCGCACCACUCCGAACCAAAUUGCUGGCGCAUUUUGAAUGCUCUCCAGAUGACAUCCCGUUGAUAAAAGAAAUGAAACGAGUUAUGGCUGAGGAUCUGAGAGAACGCUACGUGGAUGAGGAACCAUUCUUACUCCGAGCAGCUGCGUUGGAUCCCAGGUUUAAGAAGCUUCCUUUCCUGUGUGAUAACAGAAGACAUGAAACCUUUAACAGGAUUGCUGAAGAAGCUGCACAGCUGAAGGAACGGAGGGUAGGUUGUUUCUCAUCAUCUACUUUUUAA